AUGGAGACUCAUGUGGAUGCGUCUAAUGUUCCGGAUGUCUGUAAAAAGGUGUGUCGUUCAUGGAGUUGGGCUUCAAACGUUGUUUGUCGUACCAAGGGAACGCGUAUAUUGGUGGGAUGGGAUGCUGAUGUGGUGGAUGUUAUGGUAUUAUCUCAAUCUGAUCAGGUUAUGCAUACCCAGAUUGUUUUUAAACUUGAUCAAAAAAUGUUAUUUUGCUCUUUUGUUUAUGCCGAUAACCAUUACAAGAAUAGACGACUAUCGUGGAACAACUUGUGUACUCAUCACUCUUUUAUGAAGGAUAAUCCUUGGGCUAUUAUGGGCGAUUUUAACUCAUCGUUAUUUCUUGAAGAUUCUCUCACAAGCACAUCUUCAAGCAGUAUAGGGAUGAGGGAGUUCAAGGAGUGUGUAAACAAUAUAGAGGUGUUUGACAUAAAUACUUCGGGUUUGCAUUAUAGGUGGACGAAUAAACAGAAACAGGGUGCCGUCUUCAAGAAAAUUGAUAGAAUCCUUGGGAAUAAUUCAUUUAUUGACGGAUUCCCUACGGUUGCGGCUUCGUUUCAUCCGUACCAUAUCUCGGACCAUUCUCCUUGUAUACUUGCUUUGCCAAGUGUCACAAGGGAGAAGCCAAAACCGUUUAAGUUUGUUAAUCUAUUGGCGGAUAAAAAAGGAUUUACGGAGGAGGUUAAACGGGUGUGGGAAACUGAUGUUCAAGGGUUUGCUAUGUACCAAGUUGUUCAGAAACUUAAGGCUCUUAAGACUCCGCUACGGAAACUGUUUAAGCAGCAAGGUAAUUUGCAUGAGAAGGUCAAAGUCGCUCGGAACAAUCUGGAUGAUUGCCAGCAUGCUAUUGAUAAUAAUCCUCUAAGCUUGGAUUUGAAAAAUCAGCAUGCUAAUUUUGUUAAAAUGUAUAUGGAGGCGGUGCGGGAUGAAGCCUUAUUCUUACAACAGAAAUCUAAAGUUGAUUGGUUAUCGCUGGGUGACUCAAAUAUGAAGUUUUUCCACAAUGUGGUUAAAGUGAAAAAUCAUAGGAGCAGAAUCUUUUCAAUUUGGGAUGCCAAUGGAAAUCUUUAUGAGGGAGGAAUGGUUCCGCAGGUGAUGGUUGAUCAUUAUACGCAAUUUUUUGGGACCGCGGGUAUUAUAAAUCUUGAUCCGUUGCCGGAUCUGUUUGUUAAUGUGUUGUCGAGUCAGAAAGCGGAUGCUAUGGUUUGA